AUGGAAGAUAGCAAACGCACAGACUUUAUCGAAGGACAGCGUGAGAAUGAUGCUACACCAAGAUCCUCUCCAAUUGUCGCAAAGAAGAGACAUUACCUCGAUGUCGAAAACAGGAACACCAUCCCCAAGGUUCUUAACCUUUUGCACUUGAUUGGAGCUUUGAUUCAAACUGCAGAAUGCAUCUUCCUGUUUGCAUUCUCUCGCAAUAUUCACUUGAAAUGGUUGCUGUUUACUCAUUAUCCAGUGGCUGUCGAAGAUUCCUAUGCUGCAGUUCUCGGUGGUGUUGGAGUUGACAAUCUCUACUACGCCAGACCAGAGACCAGAUUGGUUUCAGAGGUUAGCGUACCAUGGGUAACAGGAACCAUUGUCCUCCUCAGUGCACUUGAUCAUAUCUUCACCAUUACACCGUACGGCAGAAACCUCUAUAACCAUGGCCUCUCACAAAAUAGGGCUACUUACCGAUGGCUCGAGUACGGCAUUUCAUGUUCUCUGAUGAACAUGCACAUGGCACAGCUCGUCGGAGUGACUGAUGUGCACAUGAUUCUUUUGAUCUUUGUGCUCUCUAUCUUGAUUCAAUACCCUGCAUACAUCUUUGAGGUUGUGAAUGGCAGGGCUCGAGCAGAAGGACAUGCCUACUAUUGGUCACCAUUCUUCAUCGGAUGUUUGCCAUAUGCUGCAGUAUGGGGAGUUAUUUUGACCUACUAUGCUGAGUCCCUUGCAGAAGUUGAAAAUCAACCGCAAUUUGUAUUCCCUACCAUUAUUGCCGUGUUUUGUUUGGAAUGUCUGUUCCCUAUUGUGUUUGUGCUUCAAUGGUUGCAAAUGGGCAUUUUCAAAGACUACAUGGUUGGAGAGUACACGUUUAUGAUGCUUGGAGUCCUUGCAAAGUCGUCUUUGGCAUGGCUGACGAUUGUUGGAUCUUCGAAAUAUGCAGAGGGUUUCAGGGAGCAAGAGGCGGAUGACUUAUUCUACAACUAG